AUGCCACCUUCCCGCAUCCUAGAUUCCCACAUCCACCUCUGGCCCUCGACAGCCACCACUUCCAAAGACCAUGGCUGGAUGACCGAUUCCUCACAUUUCCUCACCAAGCCUCACGGUAUCUCGGAUUACAGAGCUGUCACUGCGUCAUCGGCAGCUGGAUCCGCUCUGGUGGGCUUUGUGUACGUAGAAACAGACCGCUACCUUCCAUCCAAAACCCCGGCUAUUAGCUCGGGAGCGAAUGAAGAGGAGGUUGAGAGUAAGCUGAGAGAGUGGGCGAAGGCACCGUUGCAGGAGUUGGAGUUCUUGAGGAGGAUCGUAGAGGAGAUUCCGCAAGAGGGUGAUGGGUUUGAGAAGGGACAAGGCAAAAAGAUGAAGGGUGCUGUUGUUUGGGCACCUUUCAAUAUUCCGGUGUCUGCUUUCAACAAGUAUUUGAAGGUCGCGGAAGAGGUUGCGGGACCGAAGCUGUGGGAGAAGAUUGUUGGGUUCAGGUAUCUCCUACAAGGGAAAGAGCAAGGUGAAGUGAAGAGCCUUGUCAGUAAUGAUGAUUGGAUUGAAAAUAUCGUCAGUCUGGGCAAGGGGAGAGGGGGAAAGGGCUGGGCAUUUGAUGUCGGUGUGGACAUCCAUCGUGAUGGAACAGAUCCACUGGGUGCUGUCGGUGGGAUGAUCCUGAAAGUGAGGGAACGAGAAGCACAAAGUGGAAAGGGGAGUCAGCCAGUACGAUUCGUGCUGAACCACUUAUGCAAACAUGCCCUCACAACAGACUCUCCGACCGACCCUAAAAUGGAGUGGCUCGGUGCAGUCUCGAAACUUGGGCUUGAUCAGAAUGUCUUCAUGAAGCUAUCUGGCGCUUUCAAUGAAUUCGACGACACUACACCAGCAUUUGUCACUCACAUUGUCAAGUCAUUGAGCUCGAUAGCGUCCAAGGUUCUCGAUGCAUUUGGUAACAGGGUUAUGUUUGGCUCUGACUGGCCCGUGUGCAACGUUGGAGGACCAGCAGGAGAGAAGGGGAAUUGGGGCCUAUGGGUUGAGAUCGUGGAGUCAUUGUUGGAGGCAGCGCAUGUUGCCGAAGAAGAUAGGGAACAGGUGUGGUGGAAGGCGGGGAGCAGGGCGUAUGAUGUUCAACUCUGA